AUGUGGUUACCAAAGCAUCAGUCAGAUAAGAAGGAUGGUGUGAAUGGAUUAGUAGCAGUGGCAAUUGAUAAAGAAAAAGGGAGCCAAAGUGCACUCAAAUGGGCCGUUGACAAUCUCCUGGUCAGAAGUUCAACUGUAAUCCUCAUCCAUGUCAAGCUUGUCGCACCUAUUCUAUCUCCAUCACCUUCUCUUUUCGCCCCUAGGAUAAGUGCUUUCCUGGGUGAUGAUGGUGCAAUGGGAGGCAAAGAAACCGAAAGCCAAAACAAAAACAUUUUCCUCCCAUAUCGUGUCUUCUGUACACGGAAAGAUAUACAAUGCAAGGACGUCCUACUGGAAGAUUCAGAUAUCUCCAGAGCUAUAAUUGAAUAUGUUUCUCAGACAGGAAUUGAGCAUCUGGUUCUUGGCUCUUCAACAAAAACUAGCUUGCUCAAACGAUUCAAGGUAUCAGAUAUUCCAGGAAUAAUUACAAAAGGGGCGCCGGAUUUCUGUACAGUCUAUGUUAUUACUAAAGGAAAGAUUCAAACAAUGCGAUCUGCUUCUCGUCCAGCGCCGGCCAUUAUACCUAAACUGAUCAGUCAAGGUAGUGUCAGGUCAGAGGUUUCAAACCCAAAUGCCCGAUCGGCUCAAAGCACAAAAGAACAAGAAACGCAGUCAUUUGAUACUGCAUCACAGUAUGAUGAAUCAUUCAGGUCACCAUUCACUAGGAAACGUUACAAUGGCAGACAAUAUGGGAACACUCCCAAGUCAGAUACGGACAUAUCCUUUGUAAGCUCUGGAAGGAAAAGCACAGAUACAGGAAUGUCAAAUCCUCGGCUAUCAUAUAGCUCAGACAUAGAUGGAAACUUCAGUUUUGAGUCAAUUCCUUAUGGAAGGAUGUCUAUGGAAAUGAGCACUCCUCCAGAAUUCCCAUCAUUCUCAUUUGAGAGUGACAAGCAAUCAUCUUCUACAUCACAAGUAGCGGAUGACAUGGAGGCUGAAAUGAGGAGAUUGAAGUUGGAGCUGAAGCAGACCAUGGAAAUGUAUAACACAGCUUGUAAAGAAGCACUCACAGCACAACAGAAGGCAGUGGAACUUCAGCGGUGGAAACAAGAGGAAGAGAGGAGAUUGGAAGAGGCAAGGCUGGCUGAGGAAGCAGCACUGGCAAUUGCAGAAAAGGAGAAAGCCAAGUCUAAAGCAGCCAUUGAGGCUGCUGAAGCACAAAAGAGGAUUGCAGAACUGGAAGCACAGAAGAGACUCAAUGCAGAAAUGAAAGCACUUCGAGAAUCAGAAGAGAAAAGAAAAGUGCUUGAUGCUUUGGUAAAUGUAGAUGUCAGAUAUAGAAAGUACAGUAUUGAGGAGAUUGAAGCCGCAACAAACUUUUUUUCAGAAUCGCUUAAAAUUGGAGAAGGGGGAUAUGGUCCAGUUUUUAAGUGCCAUUUGGAUCACACACCUGUUGCGGUAAAGGUUCUACGCCCUGAUGCACAACAAGGAAGAUCACAAUUUCAGCGAGAGUUACCAUACAAGGCAAUUUAUGAUUGGAUGGCAGUGUAA